AUGGCGAGAAUGGUGAACGAGAAAGGCUGUGAAGUGGAAACACAGAGCCCCGAACCGCAGGGGCCGGGUCGGGGCUCGGCCAGAUGGGGCCCACAACACGCCGGUGCCCGAGAGCUGGCUAAUUUAUACUCUCCAGGCAAAAGAUGUCAAGAAUGGAUAAGUGUCGUCCUCUGCUUCUCUCUCAUGGCCUUCAAUUUCAUUCACCUCCUUGCCAAUUUCCACCUGGGACAUUUCUGGUCCAUCAUGUUAGGCAUUGUGGCAGGAAUACUCACCGCAGACUUUGCGUCAGGACUCGUUCACUGGGGUGCUGAUACGUGGGGGUCAGUGGAUCUACCCAUCGUUGGAAAGGCCUUUAUACGACCAUUUAGAGAGCACCACAUCGACCCCACAGCCAUCACCCGUCACGACUUCAUUGAAACCAAUGGUGACAACUGCAUGCUGACCAUAGUCCCGCUCGCAAACAUGGCCUUCAACUUCCUCACCCUCUCCCCCGCGGAGAUUUACCAUUUCUACCCCUUGUACUGCUACUUGUAUGCACUGGCCAUCUUUGUGACGCUCACUAACCAGAUUCACAAGUGGUCUCACACGUACUUCGGUCUCCCCCGCUGGGUCGUGCUCCUGCAGGACUGCCACAUCAUCCUUCCCCGCAAGCACCACCGCAUCCAUCACGUUUCCCCACACGAGACGCACUUCUGCAUCACCACAGGUUGGCUGAACCACCCGCUGGAGAAGCUGGGUUUCUGGAGGAACCUAGAGGAUGUUAUCCAGAGUGUGACGGGAGAGAAGCCCAGAUCGGACGACCUGAAAUGGGCUCAUAAAGUCAAGUAACGCCGCAGGCUAACUGCACCCUACCUCAGAAGACGCUGGCUCCGUCCAGGCUUCUCAUCCCCUCUUUGCCUCACUUUAAACUGUAAUCCAUUGGAAGAAAAACUAACAAUUUCUGAUGCCAUAGCUUUAAGUCUUGCACAUUUUGUCUGUUUUUCAAGAGGAGGGUUUUGUUGAUGGAUUUUUUUUUUCAUAACUCACGAUGGAGAUCAUCAACUCAAAUUGCAAUAUAUCCUUAUAUACUCUGUGUUUGUCUAACACAACUCAUCUGUUUUUGUUUUUUUUGAGGUGUUUCACAGAAGGCUUUUUGGAAAGAAUGAUUGGUCAGACACAUAAUUUGCAAUCGCUUUCCAAAGAGAUGAAAAGAUUUCAACUCACUUCAGAAAAUUCAAACAAUCCCGAUCAAGAAUACUUGAAAGAGGAGAAAAAAACAACACUUUUUUUUUUUUUACCUCCUUCAGAGCCACCGCUGUUCAUUUGGAGAGGUGAUAGAUCGAAUUAUAUUUAGCGCUGCUUUGUUUUCUCUGGAUCGGUCUUUGAGUCUGUUUAAUGUGCAAGUGAUAUAAUUGGAUUUAGGGGUAAGUAGUACAGUCGGGGUGAAACAGGGUUUUCAGAUGCUUUACCAAUGUUAAUAGCUAAAGAACAAAUUGGUUAAUUACUGUUACAUUUUUUUGACCAUUUUGGGUUCAGCUGCACACUGUAGGAACUUUUUUUUUAAACAAGAGGUGAUAAUAAUAUGUGAUUUUCUACAACAAUUAUGUUGAACCAGUACCCGUCGUUGCUUCUAGCUACUCGCUUCAAACCAAGACGCAGCCAUAUUUAAUAGUUCAGUCUUUGUCAGUCUGAAACAAUGAUUACAGUUACACUUUAAUGCCAAAAUCAUCCCACCAGGAUGCUAAACGACAAGUCUGACAGCUCAGAAAACAAACCAAAAAGAAUAAAUGUCAAACAAAUUGGCUGUUAGAUAAUCAGCUGGCAUUAUGAUUGAAACUUACUAAAUGAUAUCUGUAUUGUAAACAUGUGGAUUUCUGUCUUUAAUGAAGGAAAGACAGAAGAUUAAUCAAUUUUCAGAAGAAGUGUUAACAAGGAAGUAAUUUGAUAGGAAAAACUGACAUUAACGUGUGUAACUUUAGUCAGUGUUGAUGCUAUGCCAUUAAGGAAAUGUGUCUGUGUCGCUCCAGGCCUUGCUAGGUCAUCUUCUCAGAUGAUCAUGUGUCUUAAGUUACAAGCAUUUUAGAUUUUGACUCGUUAGCAGUCAGGAAGGAGGCACAUGUAGUUUUGUCAAGCUGCCUUACACGCCGCAGAUGCAGUACUUGUGUAUUUUUUUACUUUUUCUUCUUCUUCUUUGUGUUGCUGCAAUGAUUAUUCUGUCUUUCUGGGAUCCGUCUCUCGGAGUUUAACAGACGCAGAUACUCCAAAGUUACGUGCCAACUCAAUGUUACAUUGUUCUCACUCCUCACAUCUUGCUCUUCUUUUGUAUUGUGGGAAGGAAAUGUCGGUUUCAGAGCGUAACAUUCCCCUUGUGUAAUGUUGCCACUGCGUACUGUCUCGGAAACAGUGGCAAGCAGACGCCAUGAUGUUACAAGGGCUUCAGUGGAGGCUGACGAUCCAGGAGUUUCUUCACUCUAUAGAUGAGAUUAUAGAAUUAAGUAACUGGUUGAAGGUUUUUUUUUAAUGCUUUUAGUCAGUAAUUUGUAAAUGUAUUGUACAGCAAAUAACUAUGCAGUGUAAUAAGAGGCCCUUAACUAUACGUCUUAACUCAUCUGAUUAGAUUAAAAUGCCUUUCUUUUUCUAAUAGUUUUCGGAUAUUUGAAAAGUCGGAGAAACUGGAGCUUGAAGAUUUAGCUACUUAUAUAAAGUGCAUGACAAAAAUUACUUUUUUAAAUUAACUAAUUAAUGAACAGUUCACUUACACAGAUAAGUAAGAAUGCAUGCGUGCAUACAGCAUGUGGGCUUGUGCAAGCAAUACACCAGGGUCACCAGCUUUCCUUUGAGUUUGUGAAGCAGAAACUAACCAGGGAGGAUGACAUUUAUCAUGCUUCAUUCAAAAGAUGUCCACAAACUUUGACCAAACGGUCUCAUACCUUACCUUCAUUCCAAGGAAAUCCUGGCAGAGUUUUGAAGUUUCAAAACAACCGAAGCUAAUCUUGCUGCUCGGUUGGGUCGACCUGGUUAAAAGGCUUAAAUGUAUUAAGCUAUAUAGACAAAGUAGGAAAAAUCUAAUAGCUAUAGUUCCUUUUAAAGCCAAAAUUAUGUUUUAUAUGAUGUAAUAUUCCAGUUAUUGAAUCCUUCAUACUUGAUAUACUCACCAUAGGUCAACAGCAGAAGUACACUGCAGACUGCAUAGUGCUUGUAGAGUAUUGUGAGAAGCAGUUUUGUGUGCGCUAGAUAGUGUAAUAUUUGCUGGUAAAUGGAUGCCGUUUUGUGUCACUGCAGCAAAGUUUGAGGCCCGCUUAUUCUACUCCUGUAGUCGUUUUUGUUUCAUCAGUAUGAGGUAUUGUUUGGGCACUGCUAAAUGCGCAGUCGGUAGACAUAUUUGGAAGGUUUUAAAAGUUUAGCGUCUGCUCUUCUGGAUGCUUCUGCACUUCAGUAAAUUGCUUUUUUGUGAUAAAUAUAAAAGUAACAACACUUUUUAAGGGAAAUUUUGUGUGUAAGUAAAACUGAAAAAGUAGGUUAACGACUAAGGUUAAAUACUAGAGAUGAUAUGCCAUAAUUAGUUUGGAGACAAAACUCACAGCUCUGCUUUUUAAAAAUAAAUAAAUGGUGAGCUCAGAGCUGAUCCAUACCAUAAUAAUCAAGUUCUCAAGUAAUAAAGACUCAAGUUGCUAUUUAUGGUUGUCGUAGCGAUGAGUCUGUUUGUGAGUUUUUCUCCGUUAACUUGUUCUUUAUUCUUUUUCUCCAGUGAACUCAGGAUUGUGGGUUAGAGAGACUGAAAUAGUUUAAUAUGAAUUGGUGAAGGGAAAUAAAAAAAUGCACUCAAUUAGUGAAGUUGAGGCAGAUAUUUAGACGAUAAAAUGAUUUAUAUUAUUCAUUACCAUCAGAAUUAGUUGGCCAACGCGUAGCCGGAUGAUUUUAAACACAUUAUAUUGUAGCCAUAUAUCAGUUGACCUCUUGUUAUUGAGGUAGAGUUUGUGAUUAAAGCUGUGUUUGGUUUUUUUCUGCUUACAGAUAUUCGGGCUUUCAUCGGUGGAUUUUGAAUGGUAUUUUUGUGACGAUGUGUGAUUUAAAUUAAUAUUUUCUCCCACUGGAAACAAUUUUGUGAAAACAAACGGAUAUGUUAAACAAAGUGGGGGGGUGGGCAGUUUGUCGUUGGUAUGUUUGACAUGCUGUGUCGAAAUCACUUUCCUAAAGAUCCUCGGAAUUUUUAUUGAAUUGCCUUAUCCUCUUCCCUUAUUGAUUCACUGUAAAUCUUGCCAGCGAUAUGGGAAAAACAAUGUAUUGACUGACUUUAAAUUGCCCUUCUCCUGCCUCUCACUUGGUCUGAGGCGGGACUCAUGUGGAUGUUGUAGUUGGUUAUGUAAGCUGGUGGUGAUGGAGUUUUAGAUAUCAGAAUAAUGCCUUGAUGCCUUUUUGUUGUCUUCCAUUUGGGAGACUUACAAUGUGUAUAUUAAACUGUAUUUAUAAAUAAACUAAAUAAAAGGUUAAUAAUUACCACA